AGCAGCAUGAUGUGGCGCUUCGCCCUGCUCCUCCUGGCUCUCACAGCCCACAGCGGGGCCAUCCUGCCCGAAAUAGUGGAUUCAGGCAUCAACCAGAUCCUGGAGGAGAAUUCCGUCCAGGACAGCAACAACGUGCUGGUGGAGGUGGAGCAGGAGACGGAGGACACGCAGCCCAGACUGGAGGAUGCUGCCGGGCAAAGGGGCAACGACAGUGUCGAUUCCAGUCUUCGUCUCCAUAACCUUCCUUCCAGUCAGGACAGUGAAGGUGGCUCUGAAAAAGUGAAUGGCAGUCAGCCUGGCCACAGCUCAGAGACAGCACACCAGGAGACAAACAACAUUACCAAGGAAACGGAUGCCAUCACAACCACAGCUGUCCCAUUUAGUGGCCCCAACCAUGAGUGCAUUAUUGAUGAGGACUGUGAGAAGGGGAGGUACUGCCUCUAUGAAACACACAACUCAAAGUGUCUACCUUGCAAACCUAUCGAUGUGCCCUGCACCAAGGAUGAGGAGUGCUGUGGUGAACACUUGUGUCUGUGGGGCCAGUGCAGUCAAAACGCCACUAAAGGGGAAGCUGGCAGCAUUUGCCAAUACCAGAGCGACUGCAGCACAGAUCUGUGUUGUGCUUUCCAUAAAGCCCUGCUCUUCCCUGUCUGCUUGGCCAAGCCAAUUGAGCGUGAGCGCUGCUACAGUCCCUCCAACCACCUGAUGGAGCUGUUGUCCUGGGACAUGGAGGGAGAGGGGCCCAGGGAGCACUGCCCCUGUGCUGAGGAUCUCCAGUGUCAGCCCCUUGGGCGAGGGUCCAUGUGCUUAAAGGGACAAGACUCAAGUGAAGAGGACCUGACAGACACUCUUUACUCAGAGAUAGACUAUAUAGUCUAGAUCUAGCUUGAGUUGACUCAGAUUGCCCUGUAAAAAAAAGACUGAGGAGUCUCUGCUGUCUCCAGUACUGAAGAUGUACACCUCCUGUAUGUACCUCACAUUUAAGAUUUGUUCUUUUGGUUAUUGCUUAUUCAGUGCUUUGUUGCAGUCAGUUUUAGCAUUUCGAGUUUGAUAACCUUAUCCAAAAUGAUAGAGCUUUACAGCAUUGACCAUGCCUGAACCUGCAUUACUUAAGUGCUAAGAAGUACAGUCUGUGUCCGCUAAAGUAAGAGAGCUGAGGUUUAGUUAAAAUCCUUCACUUGUUAAGGUUUCUGAAAAUGGAUGAUGUCAGAUAAAAAAAGGCAUUCACUCCAUUAGCCAUGCAGCUGGAGGACCCUCAUGUAUCAAUGCUGUGAAUGUACAAAAAAUAUCUGUGCAUGAGACUGUGCAUACGUUUCAGCAUCGCUCCUACCAUGCUGAUGCACAGCACCGGGAGAGACAGAAACAUGCAAUCAAAUGAAUGGCAUGUUUCAUAAUUAUUAUAAAAAUGUCUAGCCUUCAGCUUUUCUAAACUUGGACAGUGCAUGUUGUCCAACUUCAUUUCCCACUUUAGGCACAAUGACUUCAAAUGAAAACUUGACAGUCUUUUUUUUUAAAAAAAAAAUAAAGAAUUAAAAUCCAGAGUCUAGGCAAUCAGAAACUGCAUCAAUGACAUAUUGAUUGUGCUGUGUGGAAAAUGGCUCAUGUUGCCUUGAUGGAGGGCUGCGGCAUUCUGCACUGAGAGCAACAAGUGGCAACUCAGAAUUUUUUUCCCAGUGUUUAUUUUAUUGAACCAAGUGGUGGGUGGACGGCUUAUUGAUUAGUGUACCCUUUGCAGUAUUAAUAAAUAUUUAUCGCUACAGCAAGCAGUUGA